GCCAGGUGUUUGUUGAUAAAAUUACAAACCCGUUGUGGGCAGAAGUAGCACAAUUUUGGCCAAUGGGAUCCACGCGCUUUUGAAGUACAACAACAAAACUUGCAAGCCAGCAACGAAAAGAAGAUAAAACUUUUUAGAUACCGUCGCCUUAUACACACAAAGCCGCCAACUAAACUGCUAGGACGUAUAGACUGAAAGGUUAUGGACGCGAGCAUGGAGUCUAAUAUAGAUCCUGCUAUUGAAUCUCAAGGUGGCAUCUUCACAAAGUUCUCUCUCAACUCUGACUUCAUCCAAGGGGAGAACAACUAUAUCAACAUUGAAGGGGAUGAAGAGGGCCAUAACGGUGCAGGUUCUGGGCUUAAGGAACACGAUGGCCAUGGUGAGACAAACGUCACCACUGCCGCCGUGGUUGCUGCUGCUGCCGCUGCCGCUGCUGCUGCUAAUAUGUCCUCGAUGAUCCACUUCAACGGGAUGGAUGACAAUGGAUCAACACAUUUGAGGGCGCGUGAUAAUUCGCAUGGAAAUGAUGCCCUUGUACAACGACAGGGCUCGACGGAUAACGGGAAUGAUCAGCAGCUGAGCUUCCUCCAUAGCGCGUUAGAGAUUGAGAAUCAGGCCCGUCAACAUUCGGAUUCGUACCAGCAAAGAGAAGCUCAACACCCAUCGCACCAGCAUCACCAUUUGGCGCUUCGCCGUGAUUCAGAACCCAAACCUAAGCAGGUGUUGAUACAGGAUACCGAUUCGAAUAUGAGCAUCGUUGUGGUGGAUCCAAGUGCGCAGGAGGGUGGUUCUAGGUUGGGUCGUCCUAGAAAGCACCAAGUGAACGCAUCACCGAGCUCUGAACAAUCAUCCUCAAAGAACUACGAGGAGAGCAUGGUUUCGAGAUUUAGAGUCGAUUCGAAGCCAAUAACUGGACCUGGAUCUAGAGGCGGUAGAAAGAUCAAGCCGAAACCUUCAGUGGAAAAGAAUGGGUAUAAACAACCGGUAUUUGCCAAACAAGGAGGUAAGCUCAUUUUGGCAAAACGCCCAGAAUCGCAUCAACAGCUCCCUCCAAUAGUUCCAAAGGUUAAACUUGCCAUCAAAGAUGUGAAAUCAUCAAACAAAGACAAAGCCGAUGGUAUAGAGACGAGUCCAAUCGUCCUCGAAGAUGUGGACUCUUUGAAGGCUAAGGGAAGGUCAACAGCUUCUGAUAAGAAGCUACUUCAAUCACAGAUAGUUCCAAGGAAGCAGUUACUACCUAUAGCGGCGAAGCCUGAAUCUCACAAGGAUUCAAAGGCGUUAUCAGAAAAGAUACUGCUACUAAAAACGAUUCCAAAGGCAAAGGAGAAGUCAUCUUCAAAGCUUAAAAGUCGAACCAAGAAGAAAAGAGACAUCCCCGGACCAAUUACUGGUGUUUCUUAUGACAUUUAUGAUCCAGAAAUGUUGAAAGAUGACGAGGGCUUAUCGCAUGAACAAUUCAUCGCCCUUGGUUAUGAAGUGAAACCUUCUGAUUAUGCAAAAGAUAUAAUAACAAUCUUGUCAUUCAUCAACAAGUUUAAGAAAUUCUUCAAAUUUGCAAACUUGGGUCCUCAAGAUAUAGAAGAAGGCUUGAACCUUCCUCCUUCACUGCCUUACUCUUUGAGCAAUGUUAACCAAAAAACUGUGGAAUCACCAACAUCUAACUCGAAGGAUGAAAUAUCAUAUUCCAUGAAUCAGCUCUUUUUCAAGUUAUUGUACCUUGUGCUGAAUAAAAAGAAGGCCGUCAAUGCAUCCAAUGUUUCGAAAAUAUUAGCUGAAUUGAAAGAAAACUGUUUAAUGUUUGGGUUGCCAAGCGAGUGGAGGGACGAUGAAGGUGUAUUCACCGAAGUGAUGGUUGACGAUUCUUUGAAAGAUGAUGAGAAUGAAGAACCGUUAGAUCCAGAACAUCCAGAGGCUUUGGAUACAAUGCAGUACCAUUUUGGUCUAACAAAACCAUUAGAGUUCACACCCCUUGAUGAGGAAAACUUUGAAACAGACGGAUUAAUGGCUUUGCAGCCCUUGGAUAGACUUAUCUUGUUGAGAUCUUUAGUACAAUGGUGUACUUCAUAUUCAGACUCCAUCAGAUCAGAAAUCAGCAAACAGUUGGCAAGGCAAGACUCAUCUGGAGAUAAGGAAACAUACUAUAUCCCCAGAUAUAUCAAACAAGGUGAAAAGGGUAUUGAGGAUGCUAACGCCAAUCUUAAAUUGCAUCCAAGGAAAAAGAUUAAAAAGACGAAUGAUGAUGAAAAUACAUUGGACCCGUACACGGAUGCUUCAGCAAACCCUCUGGAUCAUCACAUGUCUUUUAGAAUUAUGGACUUUUACGCAGGUGAUGGUGGCUUAAGUGGUCGUUACUUCCUCUGCCGUUCAUGUGAUCCCGAAACUGGUGGGUUGGCAUCGUUGGACGAUAUGAAAAAAGUGAUCAACUCUCAAGCUUCUGUUACUGAUAUGUUGGGUUUGCCACAACCCUCAAGGUUCAAACUGUACGUACAAGAUGUCACCAGCAUGAUAAAGUCAGUAACCAAUGAAGUCAACGUCAGGGACCAGACCCAAACCGUGGACCCAUGGUAUGAAGUUGCAUCUAACGUUUCUGAAUUACGCCAAUUCAUUAAUUUCCUUGAGAGUAAACUAGCAACUGCUGACUCAAAAUUAGUUGAAACCAAGAGACUGAAGGAUAUGGUAUACUAUUUGACGAAUAUUGUACCUGUUCUUGAGAAGUUUGAGACCAUCUACAACGAAUACAAAGGAAUAGCAGGUGGUCGUCAGUCAAGAAAGAGAGGACAGGUGACUGAUUUGAAGGAGAAUGAUCUCAAGAUGAAGAAAAUGAUUAAGCUCUCUGAGGAUCCAGACGGGGACUUCUUGUAUGCUGAUGGUGAAUUUGACGAGGAUGAUUUCGAUGAUGAUGAUGAUGUUAUGAUAUCUGAACCGGACGAUGCUGAUGACGACGAUUAUCAGGAUUAAUAAUAAUCGUGGUGGACUCUAUACAAAAGUGCUUUAUCAUGUAAGACACGUUUAUUAAUCAAUUAAUGCUUCAACCUCU